AUGACAGUCCAUCGGAUCAAGGAGCUUAACCAGCAAGCUUCCCUUGAUAUAAUCUUCCUCAUGGAAACUAAGAACCCGGACGCCUUUGUCUUGAAAGAGCUUGAGUUUCUUGGAGCAGAUCGAAAACAUCUAGUUUCCCCAGAGAGACCUAAUAGUUGUGGACUGGCUCUCUUCUGGACGCAAGACAUUGAUCUUCAAAUAUUGUAUUCCUCAAAGAAUGUAAUUGAUACUAUCAUCUCAUACAAAGGAGAAACUUUUUUCUCUACUUUUGUUUAUGGAGCUCCGGAAGCACCACACCGUUCUGCUAUAUGGGAUAUUCUCAUCUCUUUCGCGCUAACAAAGAACUCUCCUUGGAUUCUUACUGGAGACUUCAACGAGAUCGUCGAUAAUAGCGAAAAAUCUGGCGGCCCGGAAAGAGCUGAAGGCUCCUUUGGUGCGUUUCGCAGCAUGCUAACCAGCUGUGACCUUUUCGACCUCAAGCACACUGGUAUCUCUCUCUCGUGGCGAGGAAGACAACUAACGCAUCUUGUGUACUGCAGGCUUGACAGAGCCUUAGUGAACCCCGCUUGGUCUGAUUGCUUCCCAACGGGAAGAUGUCACUACCUAAACUUCGAUACGUCCGAUUAUAGACCACUGAUCACGGUAUUUGAUUCAUCAAACCGAAGACGAAAUCACCUCUUCAGAUAUGACAGCAGGCUGAAAGAUAACGAUGAGGUGAAAAACCUUAUUGCUGAAGUAUGGAACGCAGACCCCACCUUGACGAUGGAUGCUAAACUCUCACGCUGUCACAGAGCAAUCUCCGACUGGACUCGGGAACAGUCUUUCAACAGCAAAGAGACAAUCAACAACCUCAAGCAAAGCCUAGAGACUGCCAUGACUGACCCCAAUGGAGAUGAUUCACUCCUUGCCUCUUUGAACGCUAAGCUGCGCCUUGCAUACAAGGAAGAAGAGGAAUUUUUGCGCCAACGCAGAGCACGCAACAGAAUGUCAGUUGUUGGGGUCAAAAUCGGUAUUAUGCCAGCCGCGACAAACACUACAUACAUUAGGCUGAUCCCGAAGUUGACUAGUGCGAAAGUGGUGGCUGAUUACAGGCCGGUCGCCUUGUGUAACGUUUCAUACAAAGUCAUCACGAAGAUUUUAUCUCUACGCCUCAAACCGACUCUACAGGACAUUAUCUCGGAGACCCAAUCAGCGUUUUUCCCUGGUCGAGCCAUCUUCGAAAACGUAUUGACUACACAUGAGAUCAUUCAUACCCUCAAGGCAUCAGAGGCGGUGAUCAAUUGCUCCAUGGCGGUGAAAACCGAUAUGAGAAAAGCAUAUGAUCGCCUUGAAUGGAAGUUCAUCGAGACGGUCUUGCUUUGGUUCGGCUUUGCGACUGGUCUAGUGCAUCUGAUCAUGCAAUGCAUAUCAUCGGUAACAUACUCCUUCUUGGUUAACGAUUCUGUUCAUGGGAGAGUUUUACCAACUAGAGGCAUACGACAAGGCGACCCGCUCUCUCUGUGCAUCUUUAUUCUCUGUGGAGAUGUUCUCUCGGGUCUAUGCAAACGAGCACAGCGCAGUGGACAUCUAGCCGGUCUUGGAGUGGCCACGUCUGCCCCUCGGCUAAACCAUUUGCUGUUUGCAGACGACACCAUGUUCUUCCUCAAUACUGAUGAGGAAAGUUGCUCGACACUUAUGGACAUUCUUUAG